CUUCACCAUCUCUCAUUUUUCAGACAAUGCUUUGAAAUACGUUAUGGAGCAGCACAAUUCAUUGCAUUUGCUCAUCUCCUGCUCCCACGUACAAUACAGAGACAUUCUCUCCAGAAUCAUAUUCCCUCUAAAAGCCUGUUUUCUGCCGUGCUCUGCUCAGUGCCUAUGAGGGAAACGUGCAGCCGCUUGAUAAAUACGCUGCGGAAAACACCAGCGAGGCGGCUGUCUGCCUGCAGGAGAGGAAUAGCUGAAGGGAGAAGCAGUAAAUCAGGUGUCUCGCGGAGCUGUUCCUCCUGCCACAUGCUGCCGGUGAGUGCUAGCAUCGCCGCUCUCCGCAGUGCCGCCUGAACCGGCCCCAGCGAUGGGGGACUCUCCGACCAGCGCGGUGGGCAGAGGCACGGACGCGUGCUGCCAGGACACGCCGGUGGAGCUGGCAGAGCGGGUGGCAGCCAUCGCUGUGGCUGUUAGCCCGGACAGAAGUGACCAAAAUGGUGAGGACAACGCCGAAGAAAACGACACGGUCUUUUCUGAAAACGUAAAAGACAUCCAGAGAAAUGGAGUCAGCAGUGACGUGGGAACGACCGAGUUCCUGCCCUCCCGACAGCCCGAGGAUGCUCACUGGAGGCACGGUUCCAAGAGACCUCUCGCUAGACCUGUCCUAUCCAGCAGGAAGUUGUCUCUCCAGGAAAGGUCGUCGGGAGGUUAUUUGGCUUCGAGCAACUCUCCAGGUUUUGGUGCUUAUGCCACGGGGCCAUCACCGAGGAUAAUGAGGAGACCAACGAUCGAGUCCAAUCGGGUCUCCAUCUCGGAUGCCGAGGACUGCGUGCAGUUAAACCAGUACAAGCUGCAGAGUGAAAUAGGCAAGGGUUCCUACGGUGUUGUGAAGCUGGCCUACAACGAGAACGACGACAAGUACUACGCUAUGAAAGUCCUCUCCAAAAAGAAGCUCCUGAAGCAGUAUGGAUUUCCACGUCGGCCUCCUCCUAGAGGGUCUAAAGCAUCCACUGGAGAGCAGCCAAAGCCAAUGGCACCGCUGGACAGAGUCUAUCAGGAAAUAGCCAUAUUGAAGAAGCUGGACCACGUCAACAUCGUUAAGCUGAUAGAGGUCCUUGAUGAUCCUGCAGAGGACAACCUGUACAUGGUGUUUGACCUCCUGAGGAAAGGGCCUGUCAUGGAGGUACCAAGCGAGCAGCCGUUCAGCGAGGACCAGGCCCGGCUCUACUUCCGAGACAUCGUCCUGGGCAUCGAGUACUUGCACUACCAGAAGAUCAUUCACCGGGACAUCAAGCCUUCCAACUUGCUCCUAGGAGACGACGGGCACGUCAAAAUCGCGGAUUUUGGAGUCAGCAAUCAGUUUGAAGGGAACGAUGCCCAGCUGUCCAGCACAGCAGGGACACCAGCCUUCAUGGCACCAGAGGCCAUUUCAGACACUGGCAAAAGUUUCAGUGGAAAGGCACUUGAUGUAUGGGCCAUGGGGAUCACCCUGUACUGCUUUGUUUACGGGAAGUGCCCUUUUAUAGAUGAAUAUAUUCUAGGUCUUCAUAACAGGAUCAAGAACAAGCCUGUGGAGUUUCCAGAAGAAGCACAGAUAAGUGACGAGCUCAAGGAUCUGAUCCUACGCAUGCUGGAUAAAAAUCCAGAAACGAGGAUAACAGUCCCCGAAAUUAAGGUGCAUCCGUGGCUAACCAAGAGUGGGGAGGAGCCCCUGCCGCUGGAAGAAGAGCACUGUACCGUGGUGGAGGUGACGGAGGAGGAGGUGAAAAACUCAGUGAAGACGAUCCCGAGUUUGCCAGCUGUGAUCCUAGUGAAGGCCAUGCUAAGAAAACGCUCCUUUGGAAACCCAUUCGAGGUCCAGACCAGACGGGAGGAGAGGUCCAUGUCCGCUCCAGGGAACUUGCUAAUAAAACAAGGGAGCAGAGAAGGAGGCAGGGACCCGGAGCUGCCUGACGUGUGUGAAGAUGAAGCUACGUCCUGAAGCCACGUGGUGCCGCAGGCUGCUCGCUCCCGUGCUGCUGUUGUGCCCAUCACGGUGUUGUCUAGCACACAUCCGCCCUCAUCGCCAAGUCUGGGGCCUGCAAAGCAAAAAACAAAACCGACCAACCGACCUAGCGAACCGACCAGGAGGAAAAGAGCAGCAAUAAAGCAAAGAGCGGAUCCUGGGGUAGCUCAGCUGGCAGAGGGCUGGCUCGGCCUCAUGGGCAGCUGCGUUCCUCACGCGAGGUGUCCGUGCGCUCCUCCAUGUGUGCCUUGCUCUCCACUUGUGCUUCACGUGUCAGCUUUGUAGAUGGGUGUCUUGACGAACGAAUGUGGUUUUAUUUGUAAUGCAACAAACCAAACGUUGUCUCUUGGGUUGUUCGCCCUGGAGACCUUUUUCUUGCUUUUUGCAUUCUCUGUUUCAAAGAUCAGGAAAAAAAAAUGACAUCGCAGUCAGGUCUUAUACCAGAGGGCGACUGUUCCAAUGAAUGCACAGGUAAAGCACUUGUGUACCAGGACACAGGCCUGCUCCUGUUGGAGUUGGUGGCAAAAUAUCUGUUGACAGCAGUUGAACGAAGACGAGAUCUUCCUUUUGGAGCUUACACUGUCGAUCUCUCUGCCUUUUCUUUUCCUUUCAUCCUUUCUUUUUUCCUUCUCCUUUCAUCCCUUAACUUCUGCGCGGUGUAAAUCCCGACAACACCGAUAGCUUCAUUCAGUGGCGUCAGGGACAAGAACUACGCGAUACUCCCUGGAACAUGCAGGGAGCCUUUGGAUGCUGCAGAGCUCUGGACCAUCGGGAUGCGCUUUUACACAGAAAGGCUUCGUGCACUGGGGACAUCUGCUGAUGAAAUUGCUCUUCCCAGAAAGACGCGAUUUCACUCCAUCAGCUGCACCCAGGCCUGUGCACGUGCGUGUUGUACUGAAUGCAGAGAGGUGGCAGGUUCGGCGUCCGUGUCAUUUAAGGGUGAAUUCCUUUCUCACUCAUCUCUUAGCUCCUUUAAAAUUGCGUACCUGAUGCUUUUAAACUGAUUUCCUGAUAAAUGGCCCAAACUGGGAGAGCUCUCUAGGAUGGAAAACGGUGGCGGAGGGCUUUUAGGCUAAGGGAAACUGCAGAACACAAAUGAGAUCAAAUCAAAACUCGAUCUUUUGUUUCUUAAGGCUUUAGUUUUUAAUUUCAUUUUACGACUGAUUCUUAUGCACGUGCUGAUGCUGCUGUUUUAUCCGUAGUUUGCUUCUAGCCUUGGCAUCAGAAGCCUCAUCUCUACGUUUUGACAACAGGUGAGAGAUUGCACUCAAAGGGCAAUGCGGUCACUUCAGCGGCUGCUGACUGUACAGACUGCGUAUAAUCAGGAAUUUCACUCUUGCACUCCAAGAGUAAAAGCCAGUGACAUCCAUCCACCAAAAGACAUGUCAGCAUUUUUCCUGGAGCUUUAGAGGGUCUGAACGUGCCCCGGAAAGCCAACGGGACUGAAUUUGUAUCGUACUUAAAGGACACAAAUUUGGUUCCUGCAUAA